AAACUUUAAGUUAAAGCCCAAGCAUCACUUUAUCGAACACUAUUCCCAUCUUGUCCGCUGCUUUGGGCCCUUAGUUGACCUGUGGACCAUUAGAUUUGAAUCCAAGCACAAUUUCUUUAAGAGUGGUGCAUGAUGUCCAGUGCUUUAAGAAUAUUUUAUUAACACUCUCCUCAAAGCAUCAGCAAAUGAUGGGGUACUAUCUGGAUGGACAAAAUCUGUUCAAACCACAGCUGCAAGUGAGUAAUGUUGACACAAGGGACAUCUGUUGGUUGGAAGAAAAACUCCAGAAACUUAUAAAAGAGAAAUAUCCACAUCAGGACACUGUUUCAUUUGCCAAGUGUGUUUAUUUUCAUGGGACCCAGUAUGCCAAGGACAUGAUUAUUUCUGCAGGUCAAUUAAGUGGGCUGCCUGAAUUCUACAAGAUACUGAACAUUUUGGUUGACUCAGAGAAAGUGUCUUUUGUCACUGGAAAGCUCUCAUCUUGGUUUAUGGAACAUUUCAGAUCUUAUCAGCUUGACAGCAGCUACACAGAUCUUCAACUACUGAUACCAGAAGCCUUAAACGACCACCACCCACUGACUGCAUACUGUGUGGCUGGAAAAUUGAUGGUGACCCCCAUUACGUGCCUGCUGAAUUGAGAUGAGAAAAUCAUGGCACUAUUAUUGCGAGUCAACAUCAAUACAAAACUCAUCCUUUUCGGAUGAGGAUCAAGUUGACCACUGUACCAGAAUCUGUAAAGCAUCUUCAAGAUGAACUCAAGGAAAAGCUGGGACUUGAGGAGGAAUUCACAAUACAAUACGAGGAUCCUGAUUUUGACAAUGCACUUUGUAACUUGAUGGACAUCAGUGAGCUAGCCACAGAACGAGCAGUCCUGCACCUCGUUUGGAGUGAUGGUUCAUCCGCAUCUCAGCCACAAACACCUCCUCAACCACAAUCUCCAUCAGAAAUUGGGUCCAUCUCAUCGCUUGACACAGCCAGCCUCCAUUCAUCAGACUCUCCUUACAGCCCAUCAUCAGUCAUUCGGAACUACAUGCGCAGCACCUCACAGUGGCCACACCCAUUUCCAAUCCCUUCGUUUUCUUAUGACAUUGAAUUGAAACUUUGCAAAGGUAAUGAAGUGUAUGAAAAAACUGGUGUUGGGUUGGAUGUAACAAGAGACAUCAAGAUGGAAAUACUGGACAAGUUGGCACAGCAAAUAUUUUCUAUCAAAGCCUAUCCUGAGAAGAACGAAAUAGCUUCUGUUGCAGCUGAACUGGUUGUCAAGUAUCCCUGCCUAAAGGAACCUGGAAGUGGCUCAGGAUACGCCGGAUGGGACAAAAGUAUUAAGUGUAAGCUUGGCAACUACCGCUCCAAACUGCGUGAGGCUGGCUGUAAUGAGGUUGCAGUCAAUCGAAAAAGAGGGAGAGACGAUAGCAGUGACCCCAACAGGUUCUCUUUAAAGAAACCAAAACGUGGUGAAGUUAACUUUAUCCCCCAACAUCCAAAAAAUUAUGAUGCUGCUGCUUUAGAACAGGAGAGAUGCCUCAUGGUGGAUGAAUUAAAGAAGAGGGGAAAGGACAUGUCUCUGGUCAGACAAAAGAUGGACCUCACAUUCUCCCUGAGGAGAAAGGAAAUUGUGGAGAUGCAACCUUUGGUCAAAGAGGUACAGGAGAGAUGGCCAGCGCUCUUCUUUGAAGAUCAGAUCUGUGCAGAAUUUAUGCGCAUUACCACUAAGAACCUGUUGGAGACCUUCAUGGCUGCCCUUGAUACUUACUCUAUUCGACUGAUUAAACUGUUCCGGGUCAGAAAAAGAGCAUUCAACAAUGAAAUGGAUCACCUCCUACAGAGGUUUGAUAACCAAAUAAGUAAAACUUUUUAUCUAUGGUAAGACAUUUU